UUGGGACUAGAGCCCGGAGGACUGCAAGACGGAGAAUGCCCUCCCUUUCUCGCGCAUCCCCGCGUUCCCACACACCUGAAUCCCUCCCCCAGCUUCAUACACAUACAAAAAAAAGAAAAGAGCUAAGACCUUUGCCUCGAACUCAGUCUACACGUCUCCAUCCCCGUGCUAGCACUCAGUACGCAGACGCCCCCGCAGCAGCCAUCUUGCGCAGAAAGCACAUAGGCCUUUUGACUCUCGCGCCAACCCGUAGAGCUAGGGCACCGCCGAAAAGUUAUGCGCAAGAACGGAAGUCGAAGUCCAAGUGUCCGGUGACCGCCCGCCCAGCCCCUUCGCGAGAGGAUUCCAUUGGUUGCCCGUUCGCAUCGCGAGAUUGAUCUCGCGAGAGGUGUCUGAGGCGGACGCCGGUGUGUGUACCUCCGCUUCGCGCCCCGCCCCCGCCUCCGCCGCGGCCUCCGCCUCCGUCUCCACCUCUAUCUCCCGCUGUCGCUGCCGCCCCUCCCCGGCCCCGGGAGCGGCCGCGGAGCCGCCGCCCAGACCCUGUCGCGCGGGAGGCGGGAUCCGCACGAAAUAAAUCAUAAUGAGUUAUGCAGAAAAACCCGAUGAAAUAACCAAAGAUGAAUGGAUGGAAAAGCUCAAUAACUUACAUGUUCAACGAGCAGAUAUGAACCGUCUCAUCAUGAACUACCUAGUCACAGAGGGCUUUAAGGAAGCAGCAGAGAAGUUUCGAAUGGAGUCUGGGAUCGAACCAAGUGUGGACCUAGAAACACUUGAUGAGCGAAUCAAGAUUCGGGAGAUGAUUCUGAAGGGUCAGAUCCAGGAGGCCAUCGCCCUGAUCAACAGCCUCCACCCAGAGCUCCUGGACACAAACCGCUAUCUUUACUUUCACCUUCAGCAACAGCACUUGAUUGAGCUUAUCCGUCAGCGUGAGACAGAAGCAGCGUUGGAGUUUGCCCAAACGCAGCUCGCAGAGCAGGGUGAGGAAAGCAGAGAGUGCCUCACAGAAAUGGAGCGCACGUUGGCCUUACUGGCCUUCGAUAGCCCUGAGGAGUCACCUUUUGGAGACCUUCUCCACAUGAUGCAAAGGCAAAAGGUGUGGAGUGAAGUUAACCAGGCUGUUCUGGAUUACGAAAACCGAGAGUCCACACCCAAGCUGGCAAAAUUACUGAAACUGCUACUUUGGGCUCAGAAUGAGCUAGACCAGAAGAAAGUAAAAUAUCCCAAAAUGACAGACCUCAGCAAAGGUGUGAUUGAGGAGCCCAAGUAGAGCCUGUGCACGGACCCAGCACUGUCAACCAGCGCAGGACUCGUUCCCAUCUGUCUGUGACUGGCAGAUUUGUCACUGCAGUAGAGAACCUUUCCCCCUGUCAUUUUCUUUGGCCCUUAUUGUUUAAAAAGAGGAAAUGGCCUUUUUAAACACUGGCAAACCCAUGAUGGAAGACACCACCUCUGCCAUGCCCUGCGUCCUGAGCACUGCACACUGCAGUUGACUACCCCAGUGCUUCCGGUAUUGCUGGCUCUGGAAGAUCUGGUUUGCUGAGUGUGUGCUGCACUGCUAGGGAGUGUCAUUUCAGCUGAAGGCCUCACAUCACAGCAUAUGAAAAGCACGGACGUUCUUUUGCUUUCUGCAGGCAGGCAGUGUUUUAUUUUCCUAGGUCUUAUCAGGCCUUCUUCAAGUUUUUCCUUACCCCUUUUCUUUUCUUUUUCUCCUCUUUGUGUUCCUUCAUAGGAAAGAAUAUAUAAAUUUGUAAAUCUUAAUUCAAAGAUAACUUGUGUGUGGGUAUUGAGUUUGAUUUAGUUCUUUACCUUUUGGUUUGAGCUGUGUGGCUUUCGGGAGGGGAUGUGUGUGUGUGAGGGAUGAGGCUGUGUUUUCUUAAUUUUUUAAAUAUAUUUUUUGGUGCUGUAUGUGAUGAGAGAUUCGUUCAUAGUGGACCAAUGAACCAUCUCUUGUAGGCAACUUUGUUGAAAAUAAAGAUUUCUCUUUACUUCCCAAAUGA